CCUACUUUCUAAGUUUCAAUCCUCAACUCAAAAGCCUCAUGGCUCAAAUUCACACGAACCAAACAUUAUCAGUAAAUCUUCCCCAAGUCUUAGUCCUAGGUCCGCCGAGUAUAUUUCGCAUAUACGAGAAGCAUCUUUCACAGAAAUUCAUGUUGCUUAAACCGUGGGAAUCUCCUAUUCCCUUGGAAGAGUUCCUCUCCAUACAUGCACAAAAUACAACAGCAGUUCUUACUUCAUCCGUCGUUGCGUACCUUAGUUCCGCCCUCCGCCUUCUACCGUCUGUCCGUCUCGUUGUUACCAGCAGCGUUGGCCCGGACCAUAUUGAUCUUAAGGAGUGUCGCCGCCGCGGUAUUUCGGUGGCCUACGCCUCUUCUGUCUUCUCCGCCGAUGUAGCCGACUUGGCAGUUGGGCUGUGGGUUGACGUGUUGAGGAAAAUCAGUGCUGCUAAUUGCUUUCUAAAAACUGGGCUUUGGCCUGUUAAAGGAGAUUAUCCUCUUGCAACCAAGCUGGGAGGCAAGCGAGUUGGGAUAAUUGGACUGGGCAGGAUUGGCCAGGAAGUUGCGAAGAGGCUUGAGGCCUUUGGCUGCAAAAUCUCAUACCAAUCCAGGGAGAAGAAGCCUUCUGUUUCAUACCCUUUUUAUACUGAUGUCUGUGAACUAGCAUCCAACUCCGACGUUCUUAUUAUUUGUUGUGCAUUGAAUGACCAAACCUAUCACCUGAUCAACAGGGAAGUUCUCCAGGCACUAGGUAGGCAAGGAGUAAUUAUUAAUGCUGCUCGUGGAGCCAUCAUAGAUGAGAAGGCAUUGGUGCAGUUCUUGCAGGAAGGAAAAAUUGCAGGAGCAGGGUUGGAUGUUUUUGAACAUGAACCUAAUGUUCCUGAAGAGCUGCUUGAAUUGGAUAAUGUUGUGUUUUCACCACAUUCUGCCGUCUUCACAGAGGAAUCUUGUAAGGAUUUGUACGAUCUCGUGGUCGGGAAUUUGGAAGCUUUCUUCUCAAACAAACCAUUACUUUCUCCUGUACAAUUCGAUGAUUUCAUGCGUUGAUUGCACUGUAAUUUGACAAUAUCUCGUCCUUCAAUCUUGUGGAUGAAUUACUGGCUUCUUCAGCUC